AUGGGUGCCAAAAAGAUGCGCAACUUAUCGUACAAAAAGGCCGUGAGAAGACAAAAAAGUCUUGAACAGAGUAUUCAAUCUGCCCAGGAGACUGACAAAACCCUUCGCUUAGUCCAAGAGUCUCUUGCUGUUAUUGACAAACAGCUAGCAGCCUACAUUGCAGACAGAGUUGAUGCAGCACAGGUCCCUCAGGAAGCACAGAAAAUACAAUCUGAAUUAACAAGCCAUGAGAUUAGUUUGGAAGAAAUGAAGAAACAGAACCGGGGUAAAGAUACUGCCAAAAGAGUGCUUUCUCAAAUUGAUGUGGCACAGAAAAAGCUGCAGGAUGUCUCCAUGAAGUUUCGCUUGUUUCAGAAGCCAGCCAACUUUGAACAACGUCUGCAAGAAUGUAAAAGAAUUUUAGAUGAAGUGAAAUUGCAGGUGCCCAAGUUAGAGAUGAAGAGUGUUGAGCAGGAAGCAGUACAAUCACAGUUGGAUCAUUGCAUGAAAUUAUAUAAAAGCCUGAGUGAGGUGAAGUCUGAAGUGGAAACAGUGAUAAAAACUGGGAGGCAGAUUGUUCAAAAGCAACAGACAGAGAACCCAAAAGAAUUGGAUGAAAGGCUUACAGCUCUGAAGUUGCAAUAUAAUGAAUUAGGGGCAAAGGGAUUAUCAGAUUUCUUCAUCUUGGGCAAAAGUGGUCUCCUCAUGUUUAGUUGUGAGGUACAGUCGGUGACAGAAAAAAAACAAGAAUUAGAGAAAUGCUUGAAAUUGUCCCGGAAGCUACGAAAAGAAAUUAAUUCUAUGACAGAAUGGCUUGCAGCAACAGAUGCAGAAUUGACAAAGAGAUCAGCUGUGCAGGGGAUGCCUAAGAAUUUGGAUGCUGAAAUUGCCUGGGGCAAGGCAACACGGAAGGAGAUUGAGAAACGCCAGGUCCAUCUGAAGAGCAUCAGUGAUUUAGGAGAGAAUUUAAAGGCAGUGCUGAAAGGAAAGGAAAGUCUAGUAGAGGAUAAACUCAGCCUCUUGAACAGUAACUGGAAAGCAGUAACUUCACGUGCUGAGGAAUGGUUCAAUCUGUUACUGGAAUAUCAAAAGCACAUGGAGGCUUUUGAUCAGAAUGUAGCUAGUGUCACAACUUGGAUGUAUCAUGCUGAAAUACUGUUGGAUGAAUCUGAUAAACAAAAAACCCAGCAAAGAGAGGAAAUUCUUAAGCACUUAAAGGCUGAGCUGAAUGAUAUGCAUCCAAAAGUGGACUCUGUGCGUGACCAGGCAGUAAACUUGAUGACACACCGUGGAGAUCACUGCAGGAAAGUAAUAGAGCCUAAACUGUCAGAGCUCAACCAGCGAUUUGCAACUAUAUCACAAAGAAUUAAGAGUGGAAAGCCCUUCAUUCCUUUGAAGGAAUUGGAGCAAUUUGACUUUGAUAUACAAAAAAUGCUUGAACCACUGGAGGUUGAAAUUCAGCAGGGUGUGAAUCUGAAAGAAGAGGACUUCAAUAAAGAUAUGAGUGAAGAGGAUGAGAGUACAGUGAAAGAAUUGCUGCAAAGAGGCGAUACACUUCAAAAGAGAAUCACAGAUGAGAGAAAACGGGAGGAAAUAAAGAUAAAGCAACAGCUGUUGCAGACUAAACAUAAUGCUCUCAAGGACUUGAGAUCUCAAAGAAGAAAAAAGGCUUUAGAGAUUUCUCAUCAAUGGUAUCAGUACAAGAGGCAGGCUGAUGACCUAAUGACAUGGCUGGAUGACAUUGAGAAAAAAUUAGCCAGCCUACCAGACCACAAAGAUGAGCAGAAGCUGAAGGAGAUUGAUGGAGAAUUGGAGAAGAAGAAGGAAGAUCUGAAUGCGGUGAACAGGCAGGCUGAACGCUUGUCUAAGGAUGGGGCUGCAAAAGCAGUGGAGCCAACCCUGAUACAGCUCAGCAAGCGCUGGCGAGAUUUUGAGAGCAAAUUUGCUCAGUUUCGAAGACUCAACUAUGCACAAAUUCAAACACUUCAAGAACAUUCAACUUUUGUGGUGACUGAAACUAUGACUGUGGAAACUGCUCAUGUGCCUUCUACAUACCUGGCAGACAUCCUUCACCUUCUACAAGCCUUGUCUGAGGUAGAAGAGCGCCUUAAUUCUCCUGUUCUGCAGGCUAAGGAUUAUGAGGAUCUCUUCAAACAAGAAGAAUGUCUCAAGAGCAUUAAAGAUAGCCUGGGGAGACUGCAGGGUCAUAUAGACAUUAUUCACAACAAGAAGAUACCGGCCUUGCAAAAUGCAACACCAAAGGAAGCAGCAAAUAUACAAGAAAAGCUGACUCAACUUAAUUUUCAGUGGGACAAAGUUAACAAGAUGUACAGGGACCGACAAGC